UUUCUAGAUUGAAAAAUUCCAUUUGACGAGUCCAUUGAUCGAUACCGCAUACACUUUUCAUCGUGUCUUAUCUAAAGAUGUUAAAUAUCAUCCGAUCGCAUUAAAUGCAGAUUGUAAUGAAAAAUCUCUUCAAGAACUACAAGCAUUAACCAAACAAGUUAAAUUGACAAAACCUGAAUUCGUCAUGACCAAACAGACCACCUGGGAAGUGAAAAAUUUCUUGGAUAUAAACAGUUCUGAAGAAACAAGAGACUUGUCUGAGAAGAAAUGCAUAAAUUGGGUUCUAGAAUCGCCCCAACUUAAAUACCGGAACAAACAGAAUAAAGCAAAUGAACAAGUUGUUGAUAUAGAUAAAUUUCAUCAUUGUGAACUCGACAAUAAAGAUUUAAUACGUGUACUGUCUCCCGAAUUGAGAAAAAAGUGUUGGAAAAAAAUCUAUGCUUCUAAUUCCCUUCCUCAAGAAUUGUCCUACUUCAUGUUCUGUGUGCCAGAAAUAGAUGACCCCAAUGUCAAAACACAAGGGACCAUUAAUGUAGAACACAGCUUAAGAGAAAGUGAAAAUCUUCAAAGGACUUGGAUCAGCAGUUAUCAUGGAAUCCAGUUCGUGAACUGACAAAAAUAAAUAUUUGCAACAAUCGCUUUACGAACUCCUUACCUCGUCCUGAAUCAUCUACAAAAAUGUCUAACUUUAUUGUUGAGUUGAAUGAUGGAUAUGAAAAAAUUCUAUGGAAAGAUGUUUAUGACUCUAGGAUCGAUGGGUCGUCAUUAGCUGUAGACUUGACAAAGGGGAUGAAGUCACAUGAAGAAGAGGUUAAAAAGAACAUCUUUUCUGAAGUACACUCAAACAUUUCAUCUUCAUUAUCGACUAAAGAAAAGGAAAAACAAGGAAAACAUCACGGAAUCUUGUCGUCGCUCCAUUGUAACAACAGAAAACGGAAAGGUUUUCAUUCAGGAAUAGAUGAUUUCAUAUUGCUCAGAACUGGCGUUAGAUCAACUUCAAGUUCUCCUCCAAAGGCUGUUGUGAAAGCCAUUACGCUUGAUCAGCAGGAUGCAAAAAUAUCCAAAUCCUUUUUACAAGAAAAGGGGAAUACUAUCGAAGAUAUAACCGAUGUGAUAGACAUCCAUCUGAACAAUGAACUGCAAGCUAAAUACAUUUACGUUGAAAACUGCAUUGAAAGUUGUCUCGUACAUUUAAAACAAACUGGUUGUUUGGCAUCCUCAUACUCAGCUGGUAACAUAAAUGGAGAUUAUACAAGGUUCUUGUUGAAACAAGAAGAGAAGAAAAACCUAGAUCGAUCAGACACUCGUGUUAAUCAUUCUUAUAUGAUGCUUAUUGUUUUGCAUACGUUGGUCACUACUGCGGAAUCGAUCCGAGAAUGUGGGCUUUCUGUCGCUUUAGCAAAUUUUCAAGCUAUGUGGAGUUUCUAUAAAAAAGAACUAAACGGUUUCUUGGAUGAAAUCAUGGCCAAUCUUAUGAUAAUCGAUGAAAGCUUGAAAAAUGCCAAAAAAUACCACCCAAAGGUGGUUGCAACUUACAAUUAUAUCGUGUCAUGGCAACCGAAUCCUUCCUCGCUCACGUUAGAUGAGAAAAUAUUGAUAAUUUUAUUUCGCGGUUUUCAUCAUCUAUCCACAAUCAUUGUACGCUCACUCGAGGACAUAAAAGGCCUAAAGAUUGCAACCAUUACAAAAAACAACUCUCAAGUUAUGGUGAAUGACGCUCAUGUUUUCAUUUGUGAUCCUACUGACGUACCGUAUCAUUUUUCUUGGUCGUCUUUCAAAUGGUUCAUUACUUUUACUCAAAAUAAAACGAAAGAGUUAGAAAAUCUCCUGCAAGGAGUUCAUCUUAAAGGCAAAAAGAUCAUUUGCUUUAGAGGAGUUACAUCUGGUGACAUCAAUAUUAAUCCUCACGGCAUUGAUGCUCAGCAAUAUUUUAAUGAAGAUCUUCAAAACCAAGAGAUUUAUACACUUAUUGGAUCUUCUAAGAUAACAAAGAACGCCGUUUUAUUGAGAUGUUUGGAACAAAAAUGUGGAAUAGUGAUUAUCGAGAGAGAAUAUGACAUUAUCUUGAAGAAUACUAAUUCCACCUCAUCAAAAUUGUGUCGACAACCAGAUCUUAUUUUGGACCAACGUACUGCUGUGAUCAUUGAAAACAUUCGUAAUUUUGCCUGUGAAGACGGGUAUAAGGAUAUUGUCGACUUGGUUCUUUCAACUUCUUUCAAAUGCGAAGUUUGCAGCAUUAUUCUACUUUGUGAUCCUGACAAUUUUAAAUACUCGUUUGUGGGAGAAGUACAGUCAAAUUUGGCAAAAUUUCACGGUUGCUUAUUGUCAAUACAACUUUCAUUUGAGAAUUUUGUGAUCGACAUCCACUAUUCUCAGUCAAUUAAGGACGCAGCUGCUUUGAUCAGAGAACUGUGUGACACAGCAAGAGAUUCUUCUCAUUUCAUAAAUAAACGAGAUUGGAUUAACCGUGAGUGGUUAGCAGACGAAUGUUCGCAAAAUGAAAGAUUUCUUCUUGGUUUUCCAUCUUUAAACUCCUUUAGUGCUCAAAUGAUGUUGAAUGUUCUUCCUUUAUCUGCACUUUUGAGUUCAUCUUUUGUUACGUUAAAGGAAGCUCUCCCAAGAAUACCUGAAGACACUUUAAAGAAAUUCAGAGAGACGACCGAAUGUGGUUUGAAUGUUGAUGAAAAUGAAGAAGAUUACACAAUUCAGAUACCUAGAUUUCCUAUCGAUGAAGAUGAAGAAAUGGAAGUGAAACAUGAUUUUAGAUCAGGCGCUUUUAACAGCAUUGUAAACAUGGAUAAAGAACAUCAAAUGUCACAAUCUGCCUUUGCUUUAAACACACAAUUGUCAUAUGAGAGAGAUCAACGUCUAACAUCUUUCCCACGUGACUCUUUCACUAACCGCUACAGAUCUAUGCGAAAUUUUGCAGACAACAACGUGCAUCAGUGUCAAAAGCAACACGAAAGCAACUUAUCUCAACGCAUUAAUUUUGAAAUUGAAGACAAUAGAGGCGAAAGCAUGGACAGAUCAAGAUUCCUUCGAAGAAUUUCAAAGAAACGAGGUUUUGAAACGCGUGAUGUCGUUGGAGUAGUUCAGCCCAAGCCAAGAGAAACAAUUAGAUUCAGGAAUACAAAUUCAGGUGUAUGUCAACCGUCAUAUCAUCACGUGACGAGUCAUCCAGACAAUAUUUGGUGUGAAAAUGAUCGCGAUCAAGAGAAAAACGUGAAAGAAGUUUUUCUGCACUCAUUGACCGGAAAACCCGCGGAAAAGAAAAAGAAACUCACCUAUGAAACUGUUCCUGGAGCUAAGAAUGGGCAGACAAGAUUGACUUUUGUUUGAUUGUUUAAAAGUAUCAAAAAUAUGUUUUAUUUGUAGAUAAUUUUGGAUUGGAAGAUGUGAGAAGUUAAUGACUUACAUACUUGUGAAUUUGAUGAGCAAUUUCCCAACAGAUAUAUAUCGGAAUGUUAUUAGUUGCAUAGACAUUUGACUGACGAAGAAAAGCACUUCUUUUCAACUCGUCUUCACAAACCAACAAAAGUUACAAAAAACUUAUUUACAACCGCACCGCGUUUACAAUUUUCCUUAUUAAAAUCUGGUAUUGCUAACUUCCA